GCAAUGACACUUCAUAAAAAGUAAGGUGUUGUUGCAGUCAUCAUUCUUCAACAAGAAGCCGARGAAGCACCAUCUAGCUAGAGAGCACAUUUUCUGCAACAAGUCUGAAAUGGCGUCCCUUUGUUUGUUCAUUGUAUUGGCACUUGCCGUACACUCCMAGGCAUAUGUUCGUAGAGACCGUUCAGACACUGAAAUGAAAGAAAGUUUAUUUGCUGAGCUUUUGAGUCUAGACGAACCUGUCAAACGUGUACAAGCCGACUGCAAGACUUUUGUCGACUUGGCCCCUCACGCGUGUUCUGGCUUGGUCAGAGAUGUUGAAGGAAAUCUGGAUCAAAGUUACUGUGAAGACCAUAAGAAUAAUCCUAUUGUUACCACACUAUGCAAAAGAUCCUGCAGUCCUU